AUGAGGCAAAAGAGAUCAAAGACAUACCGCAAGCUCCUCUCAUCUUACAUCCUUCACUUCAACUUCCGCCCGCCCUUUCAGCUCCUCAUCGAUGCACCCUUCACCCACUCCCUGGCAGCACUCCAUCUCACACCACAAGAAGUGGACCACCGUCUGUCCGAUGUUCUGCAGACUUCACAGCUCUCAAAGGGCAAGACUAGGGCGGGCAAUGCAGAGAUGAAGUGCCUCAUCACACAGUGCUGUAUGGUACAGCUCUAUCAGGCGGAGAAGGAAGGCAAGAUCGAAAAGGAUGCCGUGAACAUUGCCAAGUCGUGGGAGAGGAGGAGGUGCAACCACCGUGAGGCGAUUGACGCAGACGAGUGUCUCAAGGAGGUCAUCGGUGAGUGCCCCAACAACAAGCACCGCUACCUUGUGGCCUCCGACUCGAAGAAGCUGCGAAAUCAUCUCCGCGAAGAAGUAGCCGGUCUUCCCCUGGUGCACACAAAUCAAAGUCGAGUCAUCGUUCUCGAACCCAUGAGCGACAAGACGAAAGCAAGGGUGCAGGAGCUUGAGCACGCUAAGCUGGGCGGACAGCCAGAUUCACAGACUGCACCUGCUCUGGGGUCAAAUGUAGUCACUGAAGCCUCCCUCGUAGGGCAGACUGGCGAGUCUUCGAAAGCGGCUCGUAAAGCAGGAUACAAGAUGCGCAAGACCCGAGAGGCCAACCCGCUUAGCAACAAGAAGCCAAAGAAGGUGCUGGAGGCCGAAAAGGCAGAGAAGGAGAGGAGGACGAGGGAAAUUGCAGAACGGACAGAGGCAAAGAGGAGAAAGGCAGCAGAAGAGGAACGGGAGCGGCAGAGAGCGGAAGAUCAUGCGGCUCGCGAAGGCAACGAGAGCAGAGAUGACGGGGAGGAGAGAGAAGAUGAUACUUCGUCCAAGAGGCCGGCUCAGCAGCAGCAGCAGCAGCGACCGGUAGGAGAGGGCAACGAUGUUGAGGAUGGUCAGGCCAAGAAGAAGCGCAAGAGGGGUGGCAGGGGCGCGGGAGGUAAAGCCGUCAAGGCUGAUGCAUCUGCCGCUGUCGCAGCUGCAUCGUAG